AUGUAUUCACCUACACAGCAAGAAUUACUCGAAUCAGGAGAACAGUUUGCAGCUCCUGGAGGGCUUGUAUCAAUGGGUACACCUCAUACAACGGUUGACGCUAUGCCAGUACGAAAUCCUCGGGGUGUAUUCAACGCCAGCAAUAGCUAUCAGCUACAUCAACGACACAGCAGCUUUGGAGCAGCAUCACUUGCUAUGAGCCCGCCUUCUGCAGCUGUUGCUGCUGGUCGACCCCUCUCAUUUGGUGACCCGAAUGCCCAAAAUUGGUUUGGUACAAGCUUAGAUUCUACAGGAUCGUCGUUUGGUCAAUCACCUAUCUUUGGUGGCAUGGUGUCGCCAUCAACAUCUACCGGUCAUUUGGAUGGCUAUCCUGCAGGAACAGAAGAUGAUGAAAUUCAACAACGAAACUUGCAAGAAAUGUUUGAGAAGCGACGACGACGACGUGAAUCGCAUAAUGCCGUUGAAAGACGUCGACGGGACAACAUCAAUGAACGUAUCCAUGAGUUAUCGACUUUGCUACCAGAACACUUGUUGGAGAAUGCACCCACUACUUCCAAUGUCAUGUCGAUAUCCACUAGCAGCCAACUUGGCGCUACAGCCAAAGCCAUCAACAAGGGCACCAUCCUGAAGCUUUCCGUUGACCACAUCAAGGAAUUGCAGGAGACACUUACUCAAUACAAGGAACGUGUGAAGCAAUUGGAAGACAUGAUCGAGGCUGCCAGAAUGGGUAAUGGUGGAAAUAAUGGAGGUGGAAACCCGGCUGACCAAAAGAUCAACCAUGAUAAGAAUCCUUCAAGGCAUGAACGUACAGAAUCAUUACAAAUCCGACAACAAUUCGGCAAUCUCCACAUUGAAGAUUCGAAACAGGCUUGA